GUGGGCUUCAGCUUUAUACAGGCCCAUUCAGAAGGCCUGUUUGGCAAGAAGGACGCUACCAGGAAAGAUGUGGAGUUAAACGGUGAGGCUGGUUUGUUCCUGAAGAAAAAUUGUGUAUUGGCGUUGUUUGUGGUCUAUGCCAUCAUGAAGACUACUCCAUGGGCCAGAUUGUCUGAGACAGUGUUGCAAGAGAGCAUUACCAAGUUCUACACGGACAACCGAUUAGUCCCAGUUGGCAUUGCUGCCUCGGCCUUGGAGCAGUGGAGCGCCAAGAUGAGCUGCGCAGCCAGAAAACUGGUUCAAAAGUUUAGAAGAAUCUUUGCAGAAACGCCCCAUGGGUCCAAGAGUGAUGUGAUCCAGUCUUUGAAGUCGCGAUGUCUUGCGGCUGGUGUUGAUGUGGAGGAGGAAAGGGAAGACAAGAAAGAACCUGCCCAGGUUCAACGUGAGGUGACCCAUGAAGAUCUGGAAGAACUCGUGACACCCCAGGUCUUUGAUUGGAAGGCCUUUGCAGCCAGAUUCAUGGAACAGAGGAAUCAAAAAGUAGAAGGAAAGGUGGAUGACAAGAAGAUUUCGCUGAUGGAGAAAGUGGCAAGGCCUGUCGCUACUCCAGCGCGUGCUCACGAGUUGCCAACCUUUGUGGUGGAAAGCAUGUCCCAGCAGCUUACGCCGGUUGCUCCGUUUGUGGCUCCUGGUGUUGAAGAAGACUUGAAUGGAGAAGGAGAUGAGGACUCAAAAAAGCCUGCAGCGUCACAAAAGAAGAAAAACAAGAAAGCUCCCAAAAAGGCUGCCAAGAAGGCUGCCAAACAACCACUAGCUGGUCCUGAGGUGGAGGAAGCGCUUGCUGUUGUGCAGGAACCAGGCUUUAAACCUGGCUCUGCAGAGGUUGUGGCUGGUGGACCUGGCUAUAAGGCUGGCAGCUUCAAUGAGAGAAGAAAAGCUUUCAUUGCCGAGCGCAGGAAGGUUGCUGGAAUCUCCUACAAAGAAGCCAACACUGAGUGGAUGUUGAGUGAUGAACGGGCUGAACUCUUGCAGGGCUUGCCUCCAGCAGUCCUGAAACGCCGUCGGUUCGCGUGA